CGCCCGGGUUCUCCCAGCACAGAGUCGGGAGCAAUUCCAGAGCUUCCUCCAAGAUGCUGCUGGUUGUGCUCUCAGUGGCCUUGCUGGCCCUGAGCUCAGCUCACCGCCCAAAUUAUGAUGAUUCCUAUGAAGUGUAUGCCGACCUUAUAUCAGAUGAAGAUAACUCAAGCCAGAGCCAAGAGCAAGAGCCUCAGAGACCACCUCCUGGAGGAAGACCACCUCCUGUAGGACGCCCACCUAGACCCCCUUCAGAGGAUGUAAACCUAGGGGAUGCUCCUGAGCAGCAACCACCCAGACCACAAGGCAAUCAAAAUCCUCCUCCCCCACCUCCUCCUGGAGGGCCCCAGGGACCACCACCCCCACCAGCAGGACCUCCACCUCCAGCCCCUCCUGCUGAUGGAGACCAACAGGAUGCUCCUGAGGAGAGAGGACCCCAAAGAGGAAGACGCCCAGAAAGAUCCCCUUCUAAGGAUGCUCCCCAGCAGCAACCACCCAGACCACAAGGCAAUCAAAAUCCUCCUCCCCCACCUCCUCCUGGAGGGCCCCAGGGACCACCACCCCCACCGGCAGGACCCCCACCUCCAGCCCCUCCUGCUGAUAGAGACCAACAGGAUGCUCCUGAGCAGAGAGGACCCCAAAGAGGAAGACAUCCAGUAAGAUCCCCUUCUAAGGAUGCUCCCCAGCAGCAACCACCCAGACCACAAGGCAAUCAAAAUCCUCCUCCCCCACCUCCUCCUGGAGGGCCCCAGGGACCACCACCCCCACCAGCAGGACCCCCACCUCCAGCCCCUCCUGCUGAUGGAGACCAACAGGAUGCUCCUGAGCAGAGAGGACCCCAAAGAGGAAGACAUCCAGUAAGAUCCCCUUCUAAGGAUGCUCCCCAGCAGCAACCACCCAGACCACAAGGCAAUCAAAAUCCUCCUCCCCCACCUCCUCCUGGAGGGCCCCAGGGACCACCACCUCCAGGGGGCCAGCCACAGCAGUAAUAUGGAAUUCAAUGGGAGGUAUGAUUCUAUUUCACUCUCCAUCAAAGGCCCUAAUACCUACAGUUUCAAACUUCACUUUGCCAAUGAAUCAACUGGAAACAUGUUGGAAGUGCAGAGUCCUAGGGCCCAUUUAUAAGGAUUUCUCUUUGGAUAUUCUAAAAUAGGGUCAAGACUUUAUUUUUAACAAUCUGUUCAAGGUAAUUUCCAUUUUGAGAUACACUGCCAUAAGUCUCAAAUGUAGACUUUUUCCCCAAGAUUACCUGUCUUAAAAUGGGCUGGUAAAGAGGAACUAGAGCAGUGUCCUCCCUUUGGUCCUCCCUUCUGCUCCUCCUCAGGCUCACAGACUUCCCAUCUCAAGUUUCCACUGGACCGCUCUUUGCUCUGUCCUGCCUCACAACAGGCUUCCUGGGUCCAGUGUCCCUGCUAAAUGAUACUUCAAUUUUAUACUGCUAAAACUUACAUAGUCUUUUAAAUAUUUACUUUUAAAUUAGUAUAUGCUCAAGAUAAAAAAAAAUAACACUAACAGAACAGAGUGGUGUGAAAUUAAAUCUUAAAGGCUUGUCUCGCCCAUCUCCCCACAUCCUCCCCAAAACCAACCACUAUAACACUUUUGAACAUCUUCUUAGAAUAAUUUAUGCUUAUUUAAACAUAAACUAAUCUUUUUAUUUUUGCAAAUGAUAUCUUAAUAUGCAGAAUUAACAUUGCUCAUUUCAAAUAACGUUUCUUAGAAAACUUCCUUUUCAGUUCAUAGAGGUACAAGGCCCUGUUUGGUCUUUUUUGCUUUUGUUUUAUGAUUGGACACUAAUUCAUUGUGUGGCUAUGUCAAGAUUUCUAUAACCAGCCCUCUGCUAGUGGACAUGUAGGCUGUUUCCAUUUCUACUGUGAUAGAAUAUGUUGCAUCUUUGUAAAUAUCUCUUUGAACAUUUUCAAUAACAAACAAAAGAUAAACGCUCUGAGAAUAAUCUAUUUCAUUCAUCUUCCAAGCGACUACUUAGGGCACAUUAUCUCCCAGGUGUGUAAAAAAAGGAAACAAAAAGAAAUUAGGAAGGAACAGGGAGAGCGAGAGAGGGAGAAAGAUGGGGUCCCACUUACUUCACUUCUGUAACUCCAGCAAUGGAUUAGAAACUACCUGCCAUGUCUUGGCUUCUCUGUCAACUUCCUUUCUUGUUUAUUUCAAAGGCUGAAAUUGGGUCCAGGGACUCUUUCAACGGAAUAUAGUCACGAGACAUGUAACCAUGUUUCGGUCAACAAUGCACUGCAUAUACAAUGGUGGUCCCAUAAGCUUAGUACCACAUAGCCUAGGUGCAUAGUAAGCUAUGCCAUCUAGGUUUAUGCAAGUACAUUCUAGGAUGUUUGCACAACAAUGUUGCCUAGUCACUCAUUUCUCAGAAGCGAUUCUUGUUGUUAAGCGAUGCAUAGUGGUAUUAUUCAGCCUUAGAAAAGAAAGGAAAUUCUGACACAUGCUACAACGUGGAUGAACUGUGAAGAAAUUAUGCUAUGUGAGAUAAGCCAAUCACAAAAGGACAAAUACUUUAGGAUGUCAUUUAUAGGAGGUUCCUAGAGUAGUUGAAUUCAUGGGCUCAGAAAGUAGAAUGAAGGUUGCCCAGGGCUGCAGAAGGAGACAAUGGAGAGUUAGUGUUUAAUAGGUACAGAUUUUUCCUUGGGGAAGAUGAAAAAUUUCUGGAGAUGGAUAGUGGUAAUGGUUGCACAACAAUGUGAAUGUACUUAAUGCUACAAACCUGUGCUUAAAAAUGUACGCUGGUAACUUUUAUGUUAUGUGUGUUUUAUCACUAAAAACUUUUUUAAGCGUUUUUGUUCUCUGAUGUUUCUUUAAAUUAUGAAUCUCGUUCCAAAGAAAUUUGCUUUAUCUCUAUCACACAAUAUUUAUCACAUAAUGAUUUCACUGUUGUUCAGCUGUAAAUUUCUUUCCUCAUAAUUUUUCUCUAACCAAAGGUUAUUUUAUACUAUACUAAGUUUCAAGUAGUAGGGGUUUAAACUAUCCUCUCACUAUCGAUAUGAACUGUCAUAUUUUCAAUGAAUUCCUUCCUUAAAUUUUAUGCCUAUGGUCGAUUUCUAAGAAUGAUUCUUGGGUGCUCAAAAUAAUGUCUUCUCUACUUCUAGAUAAAGUUCUAUAUGUUAUAUAUGUUCAAGCUUAACAAUAUCACUUCUAUCUUUUCUUAUUUUUGCCUGCUUCAACCAUGAGCUUAGGAUUUUAACAUGCCGUCUACUCCCUUUGGUGUCUUUUGUUCCCCAACUUUACCACAGACUGUCUUGGUAUCUUCCUCACUCAGUUUGUGAUUAGUAUGAUUAUAAUUUCAAGGGAAAGGAUUGCCUUUUGAGACAAAAAUAAAUUUACUAGGUGAUUUUACUCACAUUACAGCCCACGCAGCUCAUUUUCACCUCUGGGAUAUAGCUCUCUUCUUUCUGGAGGCCUUCCUCCAGAAAGGGUUUUUAGAGAGGGUCUUCUGAGGACUUAUACACUAGAGAAUACAUGUAUUGUCCCCUCAAUUUAAAUGAUAGUUCAAUGGAUAUAUAUUAGAUCUUGAAAGUCUU